ACAGCCGCUAAGCAAAUAUUAAAUAAAACCCAGGUGUUGAUUUAUAAAAAUUAUAGGAGAGUAUUUAGGACAUAAAGAUUUUCGUUUAUUUUCUUUGUUUUUUGUUUGUUUAUUUUACCAAGAAUUUUUUCUUUGUCUAUCUAAUAUUAAUAUUAUCCAUCUACUUUCAUUUUCUCACAGAAAAAGAGAGAAAGAAACAGAACUUAUUUUGCUUUUGUGUGUGUGUUUGGUCAAUAUCGUUGGUUGCACGUGGAAACCAGAAGGUAAAUGCCCCUCAGUUUCUAUUCUGAAACAGAGUUGGUAAAAUAGUCAAAAGCAUGGCUCUUUCUGGGGCUCAUAAUGAUAGAGAAGAAUUGAGGAUUCAUGAAAGUUUGGAUGAGCUAAGGACAGAUUUGGCUGACUAUAUUGCUCAAUUAUCUGAGGCUGCGGUGAAGGACCGGGGUGUCUUUGCUAUUGCAUUGUCUGGAGGUUCUCUCAUUGGCUUAAUGGGAAAACUUUGUGAAGCUCCUUAUGACAAGACUGUAGACUGGGCUAAAUGGUAUAUAUUUUGGGCUGAUGAACGUGUUGUGGCAAAAAACCAUUCUGAUAGCAAUUAUAAGCUUGCAAAGGAUGGCCUUCUUUCCAAGGUGCCGAUCGUACCCAGCCAUGUUCAUUCUAUCAAUGAUUCAGUUUCGGCAGAGGAGGCUGCUGAUGAGUACAUGUUUGUUAUUCGGCAGCUAGUCAAAACACGGAUGGUCAAUGUUUCUGACGUCAGCGACUGCCCCAAGUUUGACCUUAUCCUUCUUGGUAUGGGCCCUGAUGGUCACAUUGCCUCGCUAUUUCCUAAUCAUUCAGUCCUUAAUGAGACAGACGAAUGGGUAACUUUUAUCACCGAUUCUCCCAAACCGCCACCUGAGAGAAUAACUUUCACUUUGCCUGUCAUCAAUUCUGCAUCCAAUGUAGCAAUGGUAGUGACAGGUGAAAGCAAAGCAGAGGCUGUGCAUUUGGCAAUUGAUAAUGUUGGACCUGACUGCCCGUCACUGCCUGCACGGUUAGUCCAACCAACAAAAGGGAAGUCGGUAUGGUUUUUGGACAAGCCAGCUGCAUCAAAACUGGACGGUCUUCGCUUUUCCGAGUAGGGUCAAGUUUUUCUUGCCAAAGUGUAGUAUGUUUGUAUGUAGUUGCGGGUUGUGAAACCUGUUGAUCCUCCAUUAGUUCCUGCUUCUUUUUCUUUUAUUUUGGUUAAAUUCUUCAUUUUGGAUUUUCUAUUUGAGAUAGGAACUGUGGAAUCCGUUUUGUAAGGAGAGAAAAAUAAAGUUGGGGUCUUUAGUGCAAAAGCUUUUUCCUGGUUAGGUUUCA